AUGGAGCAAUCUAACAAGGCCCACCGCAAAACCAAGGAAAAGAAUACCGCCAAGAAGGUGCUUCACAGCCAAGGUCACAAUGCUAAGGCCUUUGCUGUGUCUGCUCCGGGCAAGAUGGCAAGACAGAUGCUGAGGACCAGUGAUGUCAAUGAAAGGAAGUUGCAUGUACCAAUGAUUGACCGUACUCCUGAUGAUGACCCUCCUCCUGUUAUUGUCAGUGUUGUUGGCCCAAAGGGUACUGGUAAGACCACUUUGAUCAAGUCUUUGAUAAGAAGGUUGACUAAGGCUAGUAUUAGUGAAGUAAAUGGUCCUAUAACAGUUGUUUCUGGUAAAAGAAGAAGAAUCACUCUUAUUGAAUGUCCAGCAGAUGAUUUGAAUGCAAUGAUCGAUAUCGCCAAGAUUUCAGAUCUGGUGUUGAUGAUGAUCGAUGGUAAUUUCGGUUUUGAAAUGGAAACUAUGGAGUUCUUGAAUUUGGCCCAACAUCAUGGUAUGCCAAGAGUAAUUGGUAUUUGUACGCAUUUAGAUUUGUUCAAAUCACAAUCAACUUUAAGAGCAUCUAAGAAGAGAUUAAAACAUAGAUUUUGGACAGAAGUUUAUCCAGGUGCAAAAUUAUUCUACUUAUCAGGUGUAUUGAAUGGUCGUUACCCAGAUAGAGAGAUUUUAAAUUUAUCAAGAUUUAUUUCUGUUAUGAAAUUUAGACCACUAAAAUGGAGAAAUGAACAUCCUUACCUGCUAGCUGAUAGAAUCACAGAUAUUACUCAUCCAGAAAUUAUUGAAAAAGAGGGCAUCAAAGUUGAUAGAAAGGUUGCAUUAUAUGGAUACUUGCACGGUACUCCGAUUUCUUCUACGCCAGGUACUAAAGUUCAUAUUGCAGGUGUCGGAGAUUAUUCCAUUGCCCACAUCGAGAAAUUGCCAGAUCCAUGUCCAACACCAUAUUUUCAACAGAAGAUUGAUGAUUAUGAAAGAGAAAAACUGAAGGAAGAGUUGGCAAAUGGUGGUACCCCAGCAUCUACAGUGCCAAAGAGACGUAAAAGAUUAGAGAAUAAGGAUAAAUUAAUUUAUGCACCAAUGUCUGAUGUUGGUGGUGUCUUGAUGGAUAAAGACGCUGUUUAUAUUAACACUGGUCAUGGUAAAAAUAAAAUUGAAAGUUUCGUUCCAGGUGAAGAAAAGGGUGAAGGUGAGAAAUUAGUAACCAACCUACAAUCUGCUGAAAAAAGUAUUUCAGAAAGGUUUGAUGGUGUCGGUAUACAAUUAUUCAGCAACGGUACUGAGCUUCAAGAAGUUAAUGAGGACAAUGACAAUCUAUCUGAAUCUGAUAUUGAAGAAGAUGUUAUUCAAGGAGAAGAUCAAGGUAGAACAACCAUGAGAAAGGCUAAAGUAUAUAGCAAAUCUACCCAAAAUGAAGAUGGGGAUAUCGAUAAUAUUAACUCUGAAGAUGAAGAUGGUAUGGAGGAAGAGGGCUAUAACUCUACCAGAAAACCUAAGCUGGUUGAUAUUGACUUUCACUCCAAGAAUGAUGAAUUGGCUUAUGGCACUGAUUCAGAAUUUGAACUAUCCGAUCAAGAAGAUUGGCAACAAGCUUCUGCAAAAAAACUGAAAAGUCAAUUCAAUGCUAGAAGAAAGUGGGACAUCACUAAAUUAAUUUAUAUGGAUAAUAUUUCUCCUGAAGAAUGUAUUAAGAGAUGGAAAGGUGAAAGUCAAAAUGCUGAUAGUGAGGAAAGUGACAUCGAGGAUGAAGAAGAAGAAGAUUUCUUCAAAAAGAAGGACGGUACUUUGGCUUCUAAACAUAAUUAUGGAGCUGACUUGGAGCGUUUUGUUCCAUAUUUUGAUACCAUUGAAAAAUUAGUUUCAAAAUGGACUAACAACAAAUCUCUGAAAAGUAGAUUCAUAGGCGCACCAUUAGCAAACGCACAAGAAGAAAAGGGUGAAGAGGUCGAGGUAGAGGAGAAUUCUGAUGGUGAACUUUAUGGUGAUUUUGUAGAUUUAGAAAAUGCAGAAUCUAGCAAAGAAAGUAAGGAUGAAGAACAAGAAAGUGCACAAGAAAAAGGUGACGAAGAUAAUGCAAGCGAUGAUUCAUUUGCUGAUUUUGAUAAAGAAGAAAAAGAAGAGUUGACUGUUGCUCAACAAAGAGAGAUGAAUGCCUCUAAAAAAGAGAAACUUCGUUUACAAUUUGAAAUGGAAGAAGGUGAAAACUUCAAAGAAAAUGAUCCAGAUAAUGAGUACGAUACAUGGUAUGAAUUACAAAAGGCCAAAAUCGCUAAACAGUUGGAUAUUAAUAAUGCAGAAUAUGAAAAAAUGACUCCAGAACAACGUCAAAGUAUUGAAGGAUUCAAGGCAGGUUCAUAUGUACGUAUUGUAUUUGACAAUGUUCCAAUGGAAUUUAUCGAGAACUUUGACCCUCAAGUUCCGGUUGUCAUGGGUGGUUUACUACCCACCGAAUUGAAGUUUGGUGUCAUUAAUGCUAGAUUAAGAAGACAUCGUUGGCAUAAAAAGAUUUUAAAAUCUAAUGACCCAUUGGUUCUUUCCUUAGGUUGGAGAAGAUUCCAAACAUUGCCUGUCUAUACAACCUCAGAUUCUCGUACAAGAACAAGAUUCUUGAAAUAUACUCCAGAACAUACUUAUUGUACUGCUAGUUUCUACGGUCCUUUAUGUUCCCCCAAUACUCCAUUCUGUGGUGUUCAAGUUGUUUCUAAUAGUGACACCACUGGUAGUUUCAGAAUUUCAGCUACAGGUAUUGUUGAAGAAAUUGAUGCAUCAGUUGAAAUUGUUAAGAAAUUGAAAUUGGUUGGUUACCCAUAUAAAAUUUUCAAGAAUACAGCAUUCAUUAAAGACAUGUUCUCGAGCGCUAUGGAAGUUGCUAGGUUUGAAGGUGCACAGAUUAAAACUGUUUCUGGUAUUCGUGGUGAAAUUAAAAGAGCACUAUCUAAACCAGAAGGUUGCUACAGAGCUGCAUUUGAGGAUAAGAUUAUCAUGAGUGAUGUGGUGAUUUUGAGAUCAUGGUAUCCAGUUCAAAUUAAGAGAUUUUAUAAUCCAGUUACCUCAUUAUUAUUGAAGAAUAAGACUGAAUGGAAGGGUGUGAGAUUGACUGGUAAAAUCAGAUUUGAAAGAAGCCUUGAGACUCCAAUGAACAACGAUAGUGCUUAUAAGAAGAUUGAAAGACAGGAAAGACACUUCAACGGUUUGAAAGUUCCUAAGUCCAUUCAAAGAGAUCUACCUUUCAAAUCUCAAAUCCAUCAAAUGAAGAAACAAAAGAAGAAGACCUACAUGCAAAAGAGAGCAGUUGUCUUAAACGGUGAAGAGAAGAAGGCCAGAGCCACAAUGCAACAAGUGUUGACUAUCUCUAGAGCUAAGGACGAAAAGAAGAGAGCCAAGAAGGAUGAUCAACGUAAGGAAAGAUUAAAAAGAUUAGCCAAAGCGGAAGAAGAGAAAUCGCAAAAGGAUAAAGAAAAGAAAAAAGAAUACUUUUCCAAGCAUGGUAAGAAGAGAAACAACGAUGAUGAUGAAUUCUCAUCGUCGAAGAGAAGAAAAUAG